AUGAACGACGUAAACAAAGCCAUGGCUGUGUUUCACUCUCACAUAGGCGGGAAGCUCCUCAAUGUGGUGCCUAUGCUUCUCCUCUUCUCCUUGGGAUUUGUGCUCGGCAUGACCUCCGACUCCAAGUUCCCAAACUUCUACCUCUCCUCCGUCGCGUCAUCGCCCUCUCCGGCGCCGCUGCCACCGCAAAACCCACAAGUGGGGCUGGCACGUUUCCUGGAGCCGCCCAGCGUCAUGCACAACAUGACCGACGAGGAGCUGCUGUGGUUGGCGUCCAUGACGCCCAAGGUCCGCAGCACGCCGUACCACCGCGCGCCCAAGGUUGCCUUCUUGUUCCUGGCGAGAGGGGACCUGCCGCUGCGGCCGUUGUGGGAGAAGUUCUUCGCGGGGCACGAAGGGCUCUACUCCAUUUACGUGCACACCGAUCCCUCCUACACCGGCUCGCCGCCGGAGGACUCCGUCUUCUACGGUCGCAUGAUCCCAAGCCAGAAAACGAUGUGGGGGGAUAUGUCUCUUGUGGCGGCGGAGCGCCGGCUCCUGGCAAACGCCCUGCUAGACCUCAGCAACGAGCGCUUCGUGAUGCUCUCGGAGUCAUGCAUCCCCCUCUACGACUUCCCCACUGUGCACGCCGUCCUCACCGGCUCCAACACCAGCUUCGUAGACAGCUUUGUGAACCACGACAGCGAGGUGCGCUACAACCCCUUCUUCGCCGACCGCAGCAACAUCACCCUUGCACAGUGGCGCAAGGGCGCCCAAUGGUUUGAGAUGGACCGUGCCCUCGCCCGUGAAGUCGUCUCCGACGACACCUACUUCCCGGCGUUCCGUGAGUACUGCGCUGCCCAGCCGAGCUGCCUCAUGGACGAGCACUACAUCCCAACUCUGCUGAGCUUGAUCGGGUGGAGGCACAACGCCAAUCGGACGCUCACGUACGCAGACUGGAGGAUUGGGGAAGUGCACCCACAGACGUACGGGAGAGAUGACGUGACAGAGGAUCUGAUCAGGAAGAUCAGGGGAGGCGCCGGCAGUGGCAGGAACUGCACCUACAAUGACGGGGCGAAUGGGACCUGCUACCUGUUUGCGCGCAAGUUUGCACAUGAUGCGCUCGAGCCGCUGUUCCGAUUGGCUCCCAAGGUUAUGGGGUUUGGGUGA